AUGGCGGAGGCAUCGCUGGAGCGAGAGUUGCAGUGUGCGAUAUGCACUGACAUCCUCUACCAACCGCUCACACUCCUAGACUGCCUACACACCUUCUGCGGGUCCUGUUUGAAAGAAUGGUUUACAUGGCAAGCUACAUCUGCAUCAAGCAACCGCCGUGCCGCAGCUCCGUAUACAUGCCCGUCAUGCCGAGAGUCGGUGAGAGGGACGAAGGUGGACUGGAGGGCGAACACGCUGCUGGAAGGGUUUCUCAAGGCAAAUCCGGACCGAGGAAAGACGGAAUCGGAGAAGGAGGAGAUGAGGAAGAUCUAUACACCUGGGGAUGAUGUACUGAAGCCAAUACCGCAGCACCCGCAAGAUGAGGAUAGCGAGGAUGAGCGACUCAUGGCACAGGUGCGGGAGUUGAGUCUGGCUGGUUCAGGUGCAGGUGCAGGUGCUGGCAGACAGCGUGCGGAACGGUCGAGAGACCGCCGACGAGAGCGGGAGGGCGGAGGAGGGCAACGUCGAGAGCACUCCCACUUGACGGAGGCAAGGCUGCGGCAGCACGAUCAACAUGUACCUCAGGUAGAGCACCAGCCAUCGCUACGAAGUCUGCUGAGUGCUUCAGAGACUGGUGCUCAAGACGUGCAAGCUGAGAUCUUACGCUCAAUCUAUGCUGAGGGUGUCCUAGACGGCAUUGAUUUGGAUAAUCUGACUACAGAGCAAGAAGAGGAGCUCACCGAUAGGAUUGCGGCUGCGUACAGGCGCAGGCAAGAACAGCGACAGCAGGAGCAGCAGCAGCCCAGAGACCGCUCACGGAACAGAGAACAUCGACAUCGUGAGAACAGGUCUCCUCAGGUGAGGCCUGCUGUUGUCAGCAACCAGAGUCCACCUCAAGCUCAGACUGGCACCGACACCACAGGACAGACUCGCGCGCGGCCGCCUAUAUCCAGGCCACAUCUGUUUGAACAAGGUCUGCAAGAACCUCCCCGUGCCCAGCGACGAUCCGCAAGCUCGACCAGUCAACAGACCAACAGGUCUGCGCCUCGUCACGAUGGCUCAACUUCUGCCAACCGAUCAGCUACGGACUUGUCGCAACAGCCCAGUUCGGGCGACACACAGAGGACCCGGCACCACCGCCUGUCAAGCACUGGGAGAAGUAUCACUGAUCCGCAGGCAGGAGGGAUGAGAGAAGACAUCCAGCGCAUAAGAGCUGCGUCCAACCAAGACAGGCCGAGCAGUAGCUCGCGGACGAUCGAGAGUUCGCAUGCACAGCAGCCGUCUCACGCACCCAAUCAAGCACGUACCGAAGCCUCGUCCAGGAACGUCUCUUCGUCUUCAGCUACGGAGACCAACCAAUCAGUCCGGCCUGCUAUGUCCAUGGCGGCGUUUGCACCAGAGCCGGUGGCGAGCUCCUUUGCUUCGCAAGCUGCACCUUCAAUUGCAUGCGAUCGCUGCGGAACACAAGAUAUCGAACUUAACCUUCAUUACAAUUGCUCACAAUGUCUGAAUGGAAACUUCAACAUCUGCCGUCGCUGCUAUCGAGACGAGCAGGGGUGCAACUACUGGUUCGGCUUCGGAUUCCGAGCAAACGACCGAUGGUAUCGGAACGCACCUCCAGACGGCUGGCCACAUGGUCAAGAGUUCCCUCACGUCCUCAGCCCGAGGCGGUACGUGAGAGUAUCACCACCGCAGCCCAGCAGAGACGACGCGCAAUCCACGAUUUGCCUUCAAGAGGGCGCAAUCUGCGAGUCAUGCUUCGCUUUCUCAAACGACUGCUACUGGUACUGCACUGAGUACUGCCUCGAAGGCGCCUGGGGCUUCUGCGACAACUGCGUAAAGCAGGGCAGACACUGCACCCACGCUCUCCUACUCACCUCCUACAUCGGCUUUCUCCAGCAACCGCACUACGACCCAACCAAGUACUCCAUCGUCGACCUUCCUCACCUCCCACAAGGCAGCUACGCAACCCUACCUCCAACCACCCACUGCGACAUCUGCCACCGCCCAAUCCCACCGAACAGCACCCGCUUCCACUGCUACCAAUGCAGCGAAGGCGACUACGACAUGUGCAACGAAUGCUACCGCAGCCUCGUCGCACAAGGCAAGAUCAGCCAAUCCAACGGCCCCGACGGCUGGCGCCGCUGCCUCAAAGGCCACCGCAUGGCCAUCGUAGGCUACCAGGACCGGUCGGAGGGAGGACAUCUCCGGCAUACGGUCAGCGAAAUGGUCGGUGGUUGGGACUUCAAGGAAGACGAGAGCACGCGGGCAGGACAUCCUCCGCCGAGUGGAAGACUGCCGCCGGCUGGUGGGCAGGGAAUGCGAUGUUUGGCGCUUUACAGCUGCUUCCCUGCUGAGGGCGUGGAGGACGAGUUGGCGUUUCCGAAGAAUGCAGAGUUGAGGGAGGUGAAGGAUGUGCAGAAUGAUGAUUGGUUUUUGGGCGUUUAUGCUGGGAAGGUUAAUUUGGUUCCGCGGAAUCAUGUGAGGAUGAUUUGA